CAAUUCACAGUACGCAGGCCCCUCUGUCGCCAACCCCACGCUCUCGCUCUCUCUCUCUGCCUUUUACCCUAAAAAGGAGUGUUCGUUUCCUUCAUAAGGCCCUCUCCUGCGGCACUCUUUUCAGCCCAGCAUUGAAACAGAGACUGAGAGAAACAAAACUGAUUGCGUGGCUCUAUAGUGGUUUUGUUCUUAUUUCCACAAAUUGUCAUUUCUUCCUUUUAACAAGUUCGUAAAAGAAACUCACUCACCUACACAUACAGACAGACCCCAUCAAUAAUCUGAACAUAAAGUUUCGUUUUUUGUGAAGAUUUUGGAGGAAGAGGGUGGUGGUUGAGUUUAAUUCAAGGUCUUGCAAUGGCACCCAGUUUUGACUUUGCUUCUAGCCUCCUUUGCACAGAGGACAGCACCGUUUUCGACGAGAGUCAUAAUAAUGGGGGUACGAUGAUGACGGCGAUGGGGGUGUACGAGGACACGAGGAGUCCUAGGAGGCGCCACUUUGACGAAGAACCAGAUGAGUUGCCAUUGCUAAGUGAUGAGAGCUUGGUGAUGAUGGUGGAAAAAGAGUGCCAACACUGGUCUGGUCUGCGUUACUUGAAUAAGUUUCAAACUGGGGAUUUGGACUUCGGUGCCAGAAUGGAGGCCAUUGAUUGGAUUCACAAGGUCCGAUCGCAUUUUGGAUUUGGUCCUCUCUGUGGAUAUCUAUCUAUAAAUUACUUGGACCGAUUCCUCUUUGCAUAUGAAUUACCGAAGGGAAGAGUUUGGACAAUGCAAUUGUUGGCUGUGGCGUGUUUAUCUCUAGCAGCCAAAUUAGAUGAGACAGAAGUUCCACUCUCUCUUGAUUUGCAGGUGGGUGAAUCGAAGUUUUUAUUUGAGGCUAAAACCAUACAGAGAAUGGAGCUUCUUGUACUAAGCACAUUGAAGUGGAGAAUGCAAGCAAUUACUCCUUUCACCUUCCUUGAUUACUUUCUUUGUAAGAUCAACGAUGAUCAAAGUCCAUUAAGGUCUUCAAUUAUGCGAUCCAUCCAACUUAUAUCGAGCACUGCAAGAGGGAUUGACUUCUUGGAAUUUAAACCAUCAGAGAUUGCAGCAGCAGUGGCUAUGUAUGUCAUGGGGGAAACCCAAACAGUUGACACUGGGAAAGCAAUUUCUGUUCUGAUUCAACACGUAGAAAAGGAGAGACUAUUGAAGUGUGUUCAAAUGAUCCAAGAUUUAUCAUGCAACAGUGGCUCUGCCAAGGAUUCAAGUGCUUCUGUCACUUGCUUACCCCAGAGCCCAAUUGGUGUGUUGGAUGCUUUGUGCUUCAACUACAAAAGUGAUGACACAAAUGCUAGUUCAUGUGUUAAUUCGUCACACAAUAGUCCUGUUGCCAAAAGGAGGAAGUUAAACAAAACCUGUGGAGCUGAGCAAUUGUAGUGAUGUUGGAGUGGGAAUUUUACAAUCAUCCAUAGGAUGCUUUUCCAAAAAAAUGGGCAUCAUGUGUGUUUUAUGGAAGGUGCUCCCCUCAAAGCAAUACCAAAAUGAGGCAGGAAGACAUAGCUAGAAAUCUUUUAUUUUUUUAAUUUCUCAAAAAGAAAAAAGAAAAAAAGACCUUAGUGUAAAAAAUACAAAAAACUAUAUUAAGGUGAGGUGGAUCAUGAGUGGAAGAUGGGUGAUCAAGCGAACAGUGCAAUACAUUGCAUUCUAUUGGCAUGAAGUGAGUAAUCACCAGCUGUUAAAUAUUUUAGAUCUAUUAACAGCAGCUAGAGAACAAAGGAUCUGAAGAAGAGGGAUAAGGAUUAUUAGAGUAUUGUAUGUGUAGGUAAAGUUGGGGGGGAGUUUUUCAUUUGUUCAAUUUUUUACUUUUAAAAUGGGAGAGAGAAAAAUAGACUGAAGAAAAAAAAGAGAUAGCUAUAUAUAUGCGGGAAAUAUUUUAUUUAUGUUAUUAUUUUUAUUCUGUUAGUUAUUUUUACUUAAUCAGAUUUUACUCUCUUUUUCUUAAAAAAAAUAAAGUACUGUUGGUGUUGUGUCAUGAAACAGAUUCUCCUGCAGAAAAGCCUUGUUAGCAAUUGAAUGUGA